GGCACUCCACCGCUGUGCCGCCCAGGGCCUUAACCGCCUUGCGUGAGGGCCACCUCCUCGGCGUCAACCUCGGCAAGAACAAGACGUCCGCCGCCGACUCGAACGACGACUACGUCAAGUCCAAGGAGACCCUCGAGCGCCUGCUCAAGGACGUCGUUUCGGAGCGCGACUCGAUCGCCGUUGACGGCCUCCCCAAGAUCGCCGUCAAGGUCACUUGUGACUUGAGCGAGGACGAGCUCGCCGACGUCGCCUCUGCCGUGCGCGCUACGGGCGUCGACGGCGUCAUCCUCUCCAACACCACUGUGCGCCGUGACCUCGGCCUCGAGUCGGAGCACAAGGGCCAGGUCGGCGGUCUGUCCGGUCGCCCGCUCUACCCGCUCGCCCUGGCAGCACUCAAGACCCUCCGUCCCCUCCUCCCGCCCUCGGUCCCCAUCAUCGGCGCAGGCGGCAUCUGGAACGGUGCCGAGGCCCUCGACAUGGCGCGUGCCGGUGCCUCCACCGUGCAGGUCUACACUAGCUUCGGAUACCGCGGCGUCGGCACUCCCCGUCUGAUCAAGGACGAGGUUGUCGCUGCCCUGCCCGCUGGAUCAGAGUGGAAGAAGGAGAUUGGACGCGACUACGCCAACGCCAGCAUGGGCUGGGACGUCGACCGCGUCGCAGCCGAGGGCGCUGCCGUCGCCGCCGAGGCGGCUGGUCUCGGCGCCUUGCUCGCCGAGAUUAAGGAGAGGGAGGACAUCCACACCCUCGCGGCUGAGGCUCACGAGGCUCUCCACUCUAUUGCCGACAAGCUGCCAGAGGUUGCGGCCCCCGAGCCCCUUGCCCCCGACGCCAUUGUCGGCGCGCUCGAGAGCGCCAUUGCCGCGUCGGUGACUGUUGCCGGCGCCAUUGAGGCCGCACCCCUCGACGCCGACUUUGUCAUCAUCGACGAGGUCCUCCCUCCCGUCGUGGAGGUUGUUACCGCCGUCCCACCUACACCGUCCCAGCAGGACGAGUGGACGCAGCGUGCGCGCUCGGGUGACCGUCGUUUGGUGUAG